CGCUCCACUGCUUUCCCUACCCCCAAUUCUCUGGCAAACGGCCAUGGCGUCGUGUGAUAUGGAGCUCGUGUACCCUAUUCCUCUUAUGGGGGAAAACUACUUCGAAAAGCUGAACCAAUCAGCAAAAGAUGUCGUCGAUGAAAUUCGCAAAGAAACCCCAAAUUUCUCUCAGUUUAUCCAAGUUUUCUACGAGCUAAUGCAAUCGAAGCGCGACCCACCUCUGGAAGCCAUUUGGUUCUACUCAGCUCUAUCCUUCCGCUCCCUGAAGACGGGAAAUGAGGGUUCUUCCGAUCGACUCGCAGCCGUGAAACAACUCUUUCAGCUCGUCUCGGGUUGUUCCGCACCUUGCAGUGACUCGACAAGCAUGGCGCUGCUGGCUCCGGUUGUCUUCGAGCUGUAUAAAUUGGUUCAAGAAGUAUUGAGCGGAGAUUUAGGGGCCAAGAGAGUGAAGAAACUGGUUAAAAAGGUUCAGUCUUUGAUUGGGUCUGUUCUCGGUUAUGUCGGUGUGUGUUCGGGGGCUUCGAGUGAAGAGAAGGAUUCGAGCUUGAUUGUAAAGUUUGCGGAUUUGGUCGCUGUGUGGAUGGAAGGGAAGGAAGAGGUGUCGUCGUUUUUGCCGCUUCUGAAUGAUGAAUUGCGCAGAGUGAUUGGUGCUGGUGGGUUUAGUGUGGAGCAGUUGGCUGGAGCUGUUACUGCGGAGUUAUUCCUGUUGAAGCUUUGCGUUGAUUUACGGGUUGGGAACAGAGGAGUGGAGAUGGAGAAGGAUUUGAAGGAUUGGAUUGUCGGGUCAAUUACUGGCUUUGGGAGCGUUUCUUUUUUUGAUAUUCUGUUGAGGAUGCUGCUAGAGCCGAGAUUACCGGUCGCUUCACUGCUGAGUUCUGAAGAGGAGAUCUUGCUGAGAACUACUUUGUAUGAUGCUGUCAUAUUGGUAGAGUACACUUCCCUCAAUCCUCGUACUGCAGUUGAUCUGCCUGCAGAGAAUUUCAUAAGCAUUGCCUUGAAGCGGCUGGUCCUCUAUCUUGAGGCCACAGAAUUUUUCAGGAAAGAAGGGAACCAUAAGAGGGCCAUUUCCUAUUCCAGUUCCUUCGCUGGUUCUCCAUUACCAUUGCAAAUAGCCAAAUUUGUCACAAGCCAGAUUGGCAUGGGGGAAGAAGCAGGCAGGUUGCAUGUUUCAUCUCCUAAGGCUCUCAUAAAAUGGUUGUUCUCCCUUGAGGGUCAAGGCAUAAGAAUAUAUGACGAUAGCAUCUCACGGACUCGUGUCAAACUUGCGCUUGAUUCUUCUUCCAAAGCUGAGAAUGUCGAACCGGAGGGAAAUAUAGUGGAUUCCGAUCUUCCGAUCUACAUUGAUAACAAGGGAGAAAAAGGAGAAGAUUAUGAUGAAGAAAAAGACGAAGAGGUGAACAAUUUAUCAAUGACAGCUGCCUUCAUGACUGCUGCACACUCUAUGGCAGUGUUGGAAAGAAAAGAAGGUAAGAAACGAAAAGAAGACCGAAGUGAGGGGAAGAACAAGAAGAAAAGAAGCAAACUUGUUGCUGCAGAAGAGCUAUCUGAUGGUACUUCUGAUUCAGAUGCAGUGCUCAGUGAUGAUGGUUCAAGCAGUGAGAGUGAAGUAGAGAACCCUACCAGUGACGAGGAUGCCUGACUUAUUAAUGAGUUUUUGGCAUUGAGAGAAGAGGACUGAGUCAAUCACAUUCGUGAAUGUAGUGCAAUCACAUUUUUAUUCCGAGUCAAUUGGAGAUGACAUUUUGUCUGCCUGGUCAGCUGCUAAAUGAGGCAACCUUUUAACCUUUGUAGCAUAGUGAAAGAGUGUAUUCUGAUUUUAUUUUUUGAACAAUGUGUUCUGUUGUCAUUACAAAAUAUUGGUGCGGUAAGGAUUUACAAUCGUAUUCUCUUCACUGCAUAAAUGUUAUGCAUAUAAACAACACUGUACCACUACCACAUACAAAGGCAAGAAAACCCCUGUGCAAAAACUCGAAUGCAAGUGUUCCAUCAAUCUAUUGCUUCCAAAAACUCUGCUCUGGUAAGUCGUCAGACGUACACUUCAAUCAAGUUGCGAAAUAUUUGGAACAUAGAAUCUGUUCAGAGGUUGCCGCAGUUGUUCAAUUCGAUGUCAAAAUGCUGGAUCAGUUCUUCUACAUGAUGACCUGCCUGCAAUAUCCCCAUUGCUACCACAGUUUGUCUUCUCCUGGA